GACACAAUCCUUCUUCCCUUUCCAGUUUCCAUACACAGUGUAGUUUUACAGCACACGAGACCGCUUUAGCCUUUCCUGCUCUCCAAACUCGCCGGUAAACCACCACAAAAAGGGAAAGGAUGAGGUCGUUAGAGUCGCUGUCCCUACCUCAUCCGAACGCCCCGCAAAGCUGUUUAUGGGGGACUGGGAGUGAAGCUGGAAGAAACCCAGUUCCCAAAAUCUCGAAACUUCCACUGGGUCGUUCCAAAAUAAAGUCUUUAGCUGUGAGGAUGAGCUUGGUUACUUCUAGUGGCGGGACAGGGAAGAAGAACCCCCAUGGGAUUGGAAAAAACGACGGCGUGAUCAUCGUCGACCAUGGAUCGCGGCGGAAAGAAUCGAAUCUCAUGCUAAAUGAGUUCGCGGCUAUGUUCAAGGAUAAAACAGGAUACCCAAUUGUGGAGCCGGCUCACAUGGAACUGGCGGAGCCAUCUAUCAAAGACGCGUUUGGCAUUUGUGUUCAACAAGGUGCGAAGCGUGUUGUUGUCAGCCCGUUCUUCCUUUUCCCAGGACGCCACUGGCACCAGGACAUUCCUUCAUUAACUGCUGAAGCUGCAAAAGAACACCCUGGCGUACCAUAUCUCAUAACUGCACCUCUCGGCUUGCAUGAGCUGCUCGUGGAUGUUGUGAAUGAUAGGAUCAAUUACUGUUUGAGUCACCUAGCCGGAGAUGUCAAGGAAUGUGAUGUUUGUGUCGAUACAAACAAAUGCAAGUUCACUAGCCACUGAGCAGGAAUGGCAUAUCGACUUACGGCAGUCGAAGGUUAUCAACUAGAACAUUUGUCUUGUCCUGAUGGAAAACUAGCACAUACUGUAUAAGCUUUAGCAGGAUUACAUGCUCAACCUCUUUUGGGUCUUUGCUGUAUUUAUGUGCACAAUCGUGAGCAAUAAAAUUUCUAACUUUCUCUGCACUUGGAUCAAUUUCUAACUUCCAAUAAAUUCCUUUAUGAUUCAUCAGUUUCUGUCUUCUGUAGCAAGUUUCAGUUAAAGGUUUCACUGAUCAAAUUCCAGAUUGACAAGAAUGCCCACAUCUUGAGGUUCAUGCUAUCAUCAGCUUGAGCAGGUGUUUCUUCUUUAGCAGGCUCUUGCCCCGCAGUUCAGUUGUUAUUCGUCAGUACAAGUGACAAUAUGAUAUACUGUAAGUUGAUUCUCUUGCUUGCUGAGAAGGCUUACUAUUGCCCUGAUAAUCUUUUGCCUGCUUUGCCACAUGCUUUUUAAAUGUCUCAGUUGCUUUGAAGACAUUUGCUAGUCUCUCCCAACCUUGUCCAAACACACCAAGCUCUUCCUUCGGUUUAGGUGGAAUCGAGCAAAAACCCCAAGUCUUCUCCUUCCUUGCCACCCGUCGGCUCUUGCAGCUCCUGAUCACUGUUGUGGCGAUUCUCUGCCUCCACCUAAUUCUGGGAGAUUCAACCAUAAAACAGAUUUGUUUUUCCUUAGAUAUGAUAACUCAGAGAAAAAGAAAGGCAGAGAGAGUUGGUUUCCUUCACCUCGAGGUGCUGUUAUUUGAAGUGAAGAAGCACUGAAUCCUGUUUGAAUUCUGAUGGGUUUCAGCACUGAGAACUCUGAUCGGGGAGAAUCGCCAUUGGAGCUCUACUGCAGAGGUUGGUUUUUUCUUUCCAGCACCCGGUAUAAGAACAGUUUGAACUUUGAAGAUUCAAGAUAUUGGAAUAUGAAAUUAUUUUAUGGCUACUCCCACUGCCUGUCUUACAAGAAAUGUGCGCGGCAUGGCCGUCGUCAGGAAUCACUUGUGGGGCGCAGGAACGGGAUAUGUCGAAUCCGUUAGGUUGCCUUAGCUAUUUGCGCUGAAGUAGUUGUUUCGAUUGUGAACUCCUACAAAUUCCAAAGUAUAAGAGUUGUUAAUUUCAGUGAGUAGUUCUUUCUUUGUUGGUUGCUUCCUUAUAACUAAAGAAUUGGGAUUAGA